AUGGCGUGGGCCCUCGUGACCCCAUCUUCCCGCGGCAUUGGCCACGCGCUAACCCGACAUCUGCUCUUGACCACUCCUGUCAGUCUUCCCAUAGUCGCAACCGCGCGCACCGACGUCUCUUCUCUGCGCUCGUCCCUUCUGUCUGACCUCCCUUCUUCAAUCUCUCCUGAUUCCGCCUCUUCACGUCUCGAUAUCCAGAAAUGCGACCUCAACUCCGAAUCCUCGAUCCGCGACCUCGCUGGCUACUGUUCCGAUAGAUAUAGCAACCGCUCCAGAGACCCAAGUGCGCAUUUACGACUGGCAUUCUGCAUUCCUGGAAUGCUAGUCCCUGAACGCGCGCCAGAGAAAAUCGAAUACGACUCCGCGUUGGAGACGCUGAAGUUGAAUCUUCUAGCGCCGAUGAUGCUAGCCAAGCAUUUUGUGCCGCUGCUGCCCAAGAAGACGCAAGCGAAAAGCCCUGAUGGGCUCCCGGAGGUAGAAGGGUUGAACGCCCUAGCCGUGAUAGCUUUCAUGUCUGCGCGCGUGGGCUCGGUUUCUGAUAAUGGGCGUGGGGGAUGGUAUAGCUAUCGCUCUAGCAAAGCAGGGGUGAACCAGCUGGUCAAGAGUUUGGAUAUAUAUUUAAAGAUGAGUAGCGCGGGGAAAGCGGUAUGUGUGGGCUUGCAUCCAGGGACGGUGAAGACGGAUCUUAGUAAGGAAUUUUGGGGAAGUACGCCUAAGGAGAAGCUGUUUGAGAGUGGGUAUAGCGCUGAGAAGUUGGUAGAGGUUGUGAGGGAGCUGGAUGGUCGAAUGGGGGGUCGGUGUUGGGACUGGAAGGGGGAGGAGAUAUUGCCGUAA